AUAAAAUCAACUGCUGAUACAGUGCUGUCCCAACAAUGGCCGCUCCUAGCAAUCAAAUUUCCAUAAAAGUGUGGUUGUCGCCAAAUGAAGGGCCCGAACAAGAGGGUGGUGUUGGAGGGAGCAGAGCCAGCAGUAGUGAGCAGCCAGAUGCUGCUUCACAUGGGAAGCCGGGUGUCAGCUUGCUUCCUUCAGACAGUAGCCGCGAUCCCUGGUUGAGUUCCAUAAUGGAAGAUGGAGGAGAGUCCGGAGAAAACAAAUCCCAGCAGUCCAAGAUACAAAAGGUUCCAGCGAUGCUGCGGGACGAUGAAUCCAACAACAAAUGCUUUGAUCCCUGGGUGGUUUCAAUUGGUCCCUACCACCGGGACAAACCUGAGCUUCAGUUAAUGGAGAGGCUCAAGAAGGAAACGGUGCGGCAGCAUGUGACAGAGAGCAAAGUAGAUGUCCAAGACUUGUACAACAAGGUGGUGAAGGUGGUGGGAGAUGCAAGGAAAUGUUACAAAGAAGGUUCAACAGAUGAAUUGGAUGAUAGGGAAUUCGCCCUGAUGAUGUUCCUUGAUGGCUGCUUCAUUCUCCAAUUCAUUAGCUGCAGCACAGACACGGACAAAAAAAUGAACAUUAAAAACCACAAUGUAGCCUUCGUGCGAAGGGAUUUGUUCUUACUAGAGAACCAGCUCCCUUUUCUAGUCCUAGAGGCUUUGAUGCUCCCGAAGAAAGAGGAAUGGUCAGAAAAGAUCAACAAUUUCGUUGAUAAUACUAGAGCCCAUUCCCCUGAUCAUCAUAAACAAGGUGGAUGGUUAGAUAGGAUCACGAAGAAAUUGUUCAGAGAGGUUCCCCAGGCGAAAGAAGAGAAACAGCCAGAGCAACAGCCAGUUCAUCUUCUUGGAAUUCUACAUGCCCAACUCAUCAAUCAAAGUGAUCUGAGUGCACUAUCUUGCUCGAUGAGCGACUGGUCCUCAUACCGGUCCGCCAACGAGCUCAAGGCUGCAGGGAUUCAGUUCAAGCCCAGCAAAACUCGUCGUUUCACGGACGUAAAUUUUGAGGCGGCGCUCAGCUUCGGAACAUUGGAGCUUCCACCAAUGAUGGUUGAUGACUCUACCAGGUCCAUGCUCCUCAACUUGGUCGCCUAUGAAUCCUGCCCGGGUGCACCAGAUGAUUUUGGAGUCACAUCAUACCUAUGUUUCAUGGAUGUUCUCAUCGAUCAUGCCGAAGAUGUAAAGGAGCUGCGAUCCAAAGGCAUACUCCUCAACUUCCUUGGCAGCGACAAGCAGGUGGCGAAACUCUUCAAUGAGAUAGCCAAGGAUUUGGUGCCCAACCCACACGCUUAUGCCAGAGUGAAAGGCGACAUCGAAAAGCAUUACAAUAACAAGGCCAAGAUCUGGAUCGCUGAGUGGCUUCACACUCAUUUUACUAGCCCUUGGACUUUUCUGGCUUUCCUUGGUGCUAUUUUGGCCCUUGCCCUCAGCUGUGUUCAGACUUAUUUUGCAGCUUUCCCUGGAAAGAACACAUAAGUGCUACAGAUAAUUUUCUUCUACGUACCAGUCGUCAUGGGUGGUAGUUGGAUUUUAUUAAAAAUGCAUGCAGAUUUAUACUGCAGGCACCUGAUUUGUGUUGGUUUGAUGCAAGGGUACUGUCACCCUGUGUGUGUGUGGGAUAGGUCAUGUGUGUUCAACUCUUUGUAACAGGAAAUAAAUGAGAAUUUGUUCGUAAUUUAUUUA